CGAUUGGUGACGUCGCCGGGCUAGCUGCAAACGUGACGUCAUACUCCCAGCUGUGAGUGACGUUGACACGCCAACUGCAAGAGUGACGUCAUGGUACCGGCUGCGAGGUAUGACGUCACACGCUCGGUUACCAUGACGACUCCGCGUCCCCCAGUCGCGUCCGCCCAGCGUUAAGGAGCGGCGACCGAGAAGACGUGGGAGACGUGAAGAGACGAUAUUUAUCUCCACCGCCGUCACAUCUGUCAGGAGAUCUUCCAGGAUUAUCUAUCGGAUCCACCUGGAGAAGAUCAGUGAGGCGCCCUCGAGCCGGGAGCCAUGGGAGCCAUGGGUAAUGAAGAGUUAAGGCUGACGACUGAGGAAGAGCUGUUGUUGAGCGCGGCAUUCGACGAAGAUUUGCACAUUAGCCUGUCGCGGUCUUACGAGUCGGACGUGGAGAAUCUUCAAGAAAGGGAAUACCAAGAGGAGCUCCUCCAGAGAAUUAACUUCAACCAGCGGCAGCUCAACCACAAACGCAUCGCGGGCUCGAGCCGGUCUCGCGAGUCAGUGAGCAGCACUGACUCGGGCAGCAUUGCCCUCCCUCCGCUACCGCACAUGGGGGACAUGCACAUCGACGACCCGGGGAGCAGGCGCGCAGUGCGUGGAGGGCACGGAGUUCGUGGGGGGCACGGGGCUCAUGGUGGGGGGCACGGAGCUUGUGUAGAUGUAAACGCGCUGCUCCAGAGGGAUAGCUUGGAUUAUGCGUCUGAUGAGGAGGAAUCCACCAUGGACACCGACGCAGAGGAGCAAGCCGUGGUGGGAUUCGUGGACGGCGGCGCUGAUGACAUUUCAGAAGACGGCUUGGGAUUUGAAAACGACUUCAUCAGAGACGCCUCGACGCCCUUGCAGAGAAAUCACGAUUCUGUGCACCUGACCGAGUCCCAAGGAGACACGUCGGCGUUUGGCUCCAGUGAUGACAUUAUGCCGUGCAGCGAAAAUCCCGACGGGCAAAUCGAACACGCAAGUAAAAUGCGCGGUGCAUAUUUGGGACCAACUGAGAAAGUGGCCAGUUUUAGUAAAGUUAAGUUUGCGGAGUCCGAGUUAGAAAAUAGUUUAUCCAUGGACGAGAAUCAGCAGCAGCAGGUGGCUCAGAGGCUGGGCACCCCGUACUACGCAGAGCACAAGCAGGAGGCACGGGUAAUCGAGCGUCACGAAGGACCAGAAGAUCCGAGAGAUCGUCGUAGCCAUCACAAGAGAGAGGCCGCAAGCAACUCGAGGAAUAAGCUGCCUGAGAUUGUACGCAACGGAGAAUCCCGCAGGGAGGAGGAGCAUUUGCUCGUGGAAGAACACACGGCAGAGGAGAGCGAUGGAUAUUAUCUCAACGGAGUGAAGCAAGAUCCCUUGCCAGGUGCUCCAAGACGGAAAGGGAAUCGAUCCAAACCGCCGAAGCAUAUGGCCGUGACAGAUCAAGGAGGGCAGGACAAGUCAGUGGAAUUCCCGUCCAGGACAGGCAUCGAAGCAAGGGAUGUCGAGAGCUCUAAACGGGUCGCACUUAAGCAUCGUUCAAAAAUACCCGUAUUGAUGACCGAGCAUCGGGAUCACAGUGAAGAAGAAGAAUAUGAAUCCCUUCAUUCUACAAUGCAAGAAGAGUACAACAAUAUGCUGCUACGUGCAGCAUCGCAGAAGCCACCAGGUGAUGGUUUUGCAGAGCGUCCUAAGCAAAUCCAUUCCUUACACAAAAACAAUGAGGUAGCUGCACAGUCAUCAGUGCACGACAAAGGGCAGACAGGCGAUCGUGACCAGGUUACAAUUAGAGAUAAGACGGCGAACCCGGCACCACCUCAUUUUUCGGAACAAAGGAAGGACAUCUUGGAGGCUAACAAACAGAAUCUUGGGAGGAGGCCUCAGAAGCAGUCCUCGUAUCUGCAGAUGCACCGGAGACAGCGCGGAGACCCCGCAAAGCGCAAACUUCUGUGGAAAAGGCAGGAGGAGCAAAGCGCCACCACCACCACGGCGCUUCGUAGCAUCCACAGCGAUGCCCAGGAGGAGGCCGAGUUCCCAUCUCCCGACGCCUUCCCCUUGCACAGGAAGCCGGAGAGUACGAACCAACAUUACAACUUCUCCCAAGCGACUCUCUUUUCGCACGGCCACCCGAGCAACGCCGAUGGAAGACACCAGUUUCCGGGACAGCUUCCUGCUCAGAGCCACUGCGCAGUGGCCACGCGUUCCUCGCCGGCCGACGAAAUCCAUGCCGGUAUGAGCCCCGCGCUGCAGUAUCGCCAGUGGGGCGACGCGAGCGCCGAACUUGGGCAAAUCCCCAUCGGUUUGCAGCACCGUCCUCUCUACAGGCUCAUGCAAGGGGUGUUUCUGGACGAUGCCGGUCACGCUUUUACCUACUCGCAAGUUCCUGGCUACGUACCUGGGCACCCCGUGUUCCCGUUCGUGGCGCACGACGAGACGCGGCCGUCGAACCCGUCGAGGGACGUUCAGCCUCGGGGAACGGCGUUAGACGCCGGAGGGGAACGGUGGACGCACGGCCCCGCAGGGGGCGCCUGGCCAGGUAGAGCAAGGAUCCUGCAUCCUGUGCCGUACGAUGCCCUCCCCCGCUGGGACGCGCCCUGCCUGGCUGAGCAGCAGCAGCAUGAGGAUCCGGCUCUCCACGCGCGGUCGUCGCCGCUCGUAACGCGCUGCAACUCAGACGGCUGUUUGGACAGACUGCAGACACAGCUGAAAAACUAUAAGGAAUAUACGCUUCAGGAUUAUAAAAACCUCAAGCAAGACAUUAAACUGGGAGGUCUUGGGCCAGAUUGCACCUCUGUUAAAAAAAAGUUGGAGAAAAUCAGGAAGCAACAGAAUUAUGCAAAACUUGUGCAGGAGCAGAACCGCUCGCUGCUUGGGAGGCGAGGAGUGAGGGCCCCAGUGCACCCCACCUCGGCGCCGGAGGGCGAAAGCAAGUCCCGCAGAGAGCAGGCGCUGGAGUACGCGCGCAACGUGCCCCGGCCCCGCUACACGGAGGCACGCAGGGAGCCAUCUGCUCCCCACGGGGAGCGGCGCGACUCCCCUGUCAGUUUGACGGCACUCGACCCCAUGCAGGCGCUGUUGGACGACCUGAGACAACGCCACGAGCAGGACAAGCAAGCCGUUGCGGCCUUCAGACUGCACGUGCCCUGACGACGCCCUGAUACCUGGAUGGGCGCCCCUCCUCACGCACUGCCAUGUGGUCUAAAUCGUCGUAAUUCGUGGUGGUGGUGGUGGCGACACUCGUGCCUCACAGCAACAAGGGUUCAAGAGCCGCAAUGCGUGUGAAUACGAGGCGGUCCUUAAUAAAUAGCGUGACGAAGCAGUCCUUAAAGAGUCGCACGUGGCUCCAGAGCCACAGGUUGCCGAAACCCUGGCCUGGGAGCUGCCAAACGACAAAGCCGACCGAGAUCAAUCUGUGUGGUGUUCUCUGUUUAUUGCUGUACAUCCGUCAUCUCGGGGCAGCAGGGUGGUGGCACCGUGACACUCGUGCCUCAGCAAAAAUGGGCCUGAAUUCAAUUCCUGACUCUGGCGCCUGUCUGCGUGGAGUUUUCUUGUUUUGAACGUUGUGCAUGGGUUACUUCCCAGAGCUAAAACAAUAUCGCAAUGCAAAGAAAUGCCUUGUAAAUUACUCAGUUGGGAUUACAAGCAGCUAUAUCGCCCUCUGCUACAAAAAUGUUGGUCUGACCCUCCUGAAAGUCUCAAGACCCAGCAAGGCUCUAGUGGAUAAACGAAUUCAACGAAAGCCACUACCACUUCUUACAAUCCUCUACAAAUCCAUCCAGCACCUGCAAAUCAAAAGAUUUCAUCGCUAAAUCUCCUCCGUGGACUUCCUCUCGGACGCAUUCCAUUCCUUGACUGCUACUCUGGUAUUCUUUACUAAUGUCCAUCGUCCCUUCAAGCGACAUUCCCAGCCUAAGCCCUCUCACUUUUCUUAGCAGUUUCGAUGGUACCACUAACCUGUGUAUGUUCUCGAAUCCGUGUGUUCUUGUCUCUAUCAUUUCAAGCGUGCAUCUCUCCACGCUUCUUUCCACCCUGUUCAGUUUACUUUUGGUCGAGGUCACACAUUAUUCAAUAUUACGCCUACACUUCCACGCCUGAAUGUUCAAAAUGUUCAACCUAGGUUUACUCUUAGAUAAUCUAAAAGUAACGUUCUUGCAUUACACACUUACUCAAGUGCGUAUUUUUAACAUUACACAUUUUUAAACGUGUUAUAUUCUUACACGUAAGAAUGUGGAGUACGUGGAGUGAAAAGGCACAUGAGGAUUGCACGACCGAAGGGCCACAGCUGUGAGGUUGAGCCGGAGGGGGGCGAUGCGGUGAUCAAAGCAGGACCGGUCCCUCACCCCCCAACACCCCUUUCCCCAUCCCAGUCUCCUUCGUUCCAUUCCGAGUCUAUUAGGCUUAGGGCACAAGUGACUUAAAUUAUCCACUUCAGGUUUUUUUUUACUUUUGAACAGUUUCCUAAAUUUUCAUUUAUAAACAAGUUACUAAAUACUGUGCUUUUAAAACAUCCAGGUGGCUCAUCGUCCCGCUGCAUACAGACCGCAGCCACCGCUGUUGAUUGUACAGUUGGUGUCAUGGUGCCCCAACAAAUCGAUAGCCGCAUGAGGGUGGACACGCAUGGGGAGUGAACACAAAACUGCCGAGUCGAGGCAAGACCUUCAGACAUUUCGAGAGUGGAGAGUGACACUGCCAGUGUAAAUAUGAAAUGGAGUUUCCAUUUCCCCAUUGUUGUAGAACGCGUGGGGUUUGUGGAGGCUUGGAAACGUUGCAGGGUUGACGCUGAGAGCCGUUGCUGCAAAACGUCCAGGCCUGAUGACCGAUGUCCAAGGGUCUAAAAUCACCACGAGAAGGCGUUCGCAUUGACUCAACUGUGGGUUUAUGUAAAUGCAGUAGAACACAAUUUAUAAUAAUUUCUAAUUUUAUUCUCAGUGACGUAUAAGUAAGUGGUCACAGGAAUCAUCACUAGAUCUGCGAGGUCAGUACUUGCAGGCCACAGGAUUUUGUGUGAAUUUCAGUAUAUAUCCGUGAUGGCAAUUCCCAGAGCAAUACCGGUAAGUUUGGUUUUAGCCAAUAAAUGAUGCGAUGGCCCAG